AAGAAGAAGAAGAAGAAGAAGAAGAAGAAGAAGAAGAAGAAUGUGUUGCUAGGCAACGUGAAACGGGAAGUUAGGGGGCGGACCCAAACAUAGUUGAACGACUGCCUUGCACUAAUCCAUGCUGUGACUAUAACAAUAACGGCUUGAAAAUAAGAAAACACUCGUUAGUUUUGUUAACUAUAGUCGUUAAAGCCUGAUAAAUAAUCAAUGUCGCUGUCACAGGGAGCGUAAUGCCCGGCCUUAACAGAAUUGGAGUUGUCUGUCAGGAGGAAUUUGAUGCUGAAAGCGCUAAAAAUCUCAGCAAAGAUGGAGGAAGGAGGGGCGGUGUGUUGGAGGUUUUCGGAGCCGUGCUGACCCUGCUGUCCGCGGCCUUCUUCUGCACUUUCCCCCUCUCAGCCUGGAUGUGUGCCAAGGUCGUUCAGGAGUACGAGAGAGCUGUCAUCUUCAGACUGGGCCGCGUUGUUAAAGGACGAGCCAAAGGACCCGGUCUGUUCUGGAUCAUCCCCUGGCUGGACGUCAUCCAGACAGUAGACCUGCGGACCGUCUCCUUUAACAUCCUGCCACAAGAGGUCCUGACUGCAGACGGGGUGCCGUUAAAGGUGGACGCUGUCGUGUUUUACCGGGUGGUGGACCCGUCUCUCUGGGUGACACGUGUUAAAAAUGGUUACCAGGCCACACAAACACUGGCGCAGACCACCCUGAGGGCCGCGGUGGGCGCACACACGCUGACAGACCUGCUGGCACAGAGGAGAGGCGUCACAGAGAGAAUGGAGGAGGCGCUGUUGGCUGUGUCCAGACUGUGGGGGGUCCUGGUGGAGCGGGUGGAGCUUAAAGACCUGACUCUCCCUGUCGGCUUGCAGCGCUGCAUGGCUUCAGAGGCCGAGGCUGGCAGGAGGGCCAGAGCGAAGAUGAUUGCGGCGGAAGGGGAAGUGAAGGCGUCCCGUGCUUUAAAGGAGGCGGCGUCAGGACUUUCUCCCGUGGCUUUACAGCUCCGAUACCUGCAGUCUUUGUCCUCCGUCCAGAGCAGCGCGUCUAUCGUGGUCUUCUCCCUCCCAACAGAACUGCUGGACAUGUUCUUCUCCCAUCAGCAGAUCUCUGCAGGGAGAUAAAAAUACAGACUGAGCUCAAUUAUGAGAAAAAAAACCAUCAAACCAAAGGAACAAAACAAGCAAACAGACCUACCUGUGCAAAUCCUCAAAAUUCUCAGUGUCAAAUUAAUUGUAAAUGUGUGUUUUAAUUUUGUAAUAAUAAACUGUAAAUUAAUAUCAAUA